CGCGCGCUCUCUGAGGCUCUGGCCUGCGUGCGCGGCUGGAGGCGGCGGCCGGGGAUGCGGCGGCGCCCGGCCUGAGCCCGCGCCCGGCCAUGUCGGCGGCCAAGGAGAACCCGUGCAGGAAAUUCCAGGCCAACAUCUUCAACAAGAGCAAGUGUCAGAACUGCUUCAAGCCCCGCGAGUCGCAUCUGCUCAACGACGAAGACCUGACGCAGGCAAAGCCCAUUUACGGCGGCUGGCUGCUCCUGGCUCCAGAUGGGACGGACUUCGACAACCCAGUGCACCGGUCUCGGAAAUGGCAGCGCCGGUUCUUCAUCCUCUACGAGCACGGCCUCUUGCGCUACGCCCUGGACGAGAUGCCCACAACCCUCCCACAGGGCACCAUCAACAUGAACCAGUGCACAGACGUGGUGGACGGGGAGGGCCGGACGGGCCAGAAGUUCUCCCUGUGCAUUCUGACCCCCGAGAAGGAGCACUUCAUCCGGGCCGAGACCAAGGAGAUCAUCAGUGGGUGGCUAGAGAUGCUCACAGUCUAUCCCAGGACCAACAAGCAGAACCAGAAGAAGAAGCGGAAGGUGGAGCCCCCCACACCACAGGAGCCAGGGCCGGCCAAGAUGGCUGUCACCAGCAGCAGCAGCAGCAUCCCCAGUGCUGAGAAAGUCCCCACCACCAAGUCCACACUCUGGCAGGAAGAAAUGAGGGCCAAGGACCAGCCAGACGGGAGCAGCCUGAGUCCAGCUCAGAGUCCCAGCCAGGGCCAGCCUCCUGCGGCCAGCACCCUGAGGGAGCCAGGGCUUGAGGGCAGAGAUGAGGAGAGUGCCACAAGUGGUGACCGCGUGGACUGUGGCCGCAAAGUCCGGGUGGAGAGCGGCUACUUCUCCCUGGAGAAAACCAAGCAGGAUGUGAGGGCCGAGGAGCAGCAGCUGCCCCCACCGCUCUCCCCGCCCAGCCCGGGCGCCCCCACCAACAGGUACAGCGACUCCAGCCCACCCUCCUGCAAGCCUGGCCAUCCCCUUCCUCCCCCAGGUCCUCAGUUCCCUGCCCGAACCGUCUGCAGCAGCUCCUUCAACUCCUUGGAUGUGGCCAGCCAUCCCCCUGCCCAUGUGGACUCCGGCAGUGCUGGGGGGCGGGGAGCAGAGAGACCGGGGCGUGCCUAUGCCUUUAAAGCCAGCAGGCAGUAUGCCACCCUGGCCGACGUCCCUAAGGCCAUCAGGAUCAGCCACCGAGAAGCCUUCCAGGUGGAGAGAAGGCGGCUGGAGCGCAGGACUCGGGCCCGGAGCCCUGGCAGGGAAGAGGUGGCCCGUCUGUUUGGCAACGAGCGGAGGAGGUCCCAGGUAAUAGAGAAGUUUGAGGCCCUGGACACAGAGAAGGCAGAGCACAUGGAGACCAACUUGUCCACCGGGCCCUCAGCCUCAAGUGACACUCGACAAGGCCGCAGCGAGAAGAGGGCGUUCCCUAGGAAGCGGGACCUCCCCAGCGAAGCUCCUCUCCCAGAUGCCUCGGCCUCCCCACUGUCUCCACACCGAAGAGCCAAGUCACUGGACAGGAGGUCCACGGAGUCCUCCCUGACGCCCGACCUGCUGAAUUUCAAAAAAGGCUGGCUGACCAAGCAGUAUGAGGAUGGCCAGUGGAAGAAGCACUGGUUUGUCCUUGCUGAUCAAAGCCUGAGGUUCUACAGGGACUCGGUGGCUGAGGAGGCAGCCGACUUGGAUGGGGAAAUUGACUUGUCUACGUGCUGCGAUGUCACAGAGUACCCAGUGCAGAGAAACUAUGGCUUCCAGAUCCAUACGAAGGAGGGCGCCUUCACCCUCUCUGCCAUGACGUCCGGAAUCCGGAGAAACUGGAUCCAGACCAUCAUGAAGCACGUCCACCCGACCUCUGCCCCGGAUGUGACGAGCUCGCUGCCGCAGGUGCAGGCCCGGAGCGGCUCCCCCUCGGAGACGAGGCCGCUGGAGAAGCAGGACGGGGAGCUUGGGGAGCCCGACCCUGAGCAGAGGAGGAGCCGGGCGCGUGAGCGCAGGCGCGAGGGCCGCUCCAAGACCUUCGACUGGGCCGAGUUCCGCCCUAUCCAGCAGGCCUUGGCCCAGGAGAGGGCCGGUGGCCCUCGGGCCGAGGCGGAGCCCGGGGAGCUGGAGCGGGAGCGCGCACGCCGGCGGGAGGAGCGGCGCAAGCGCUUUGGGACGCCUGACGUGGAGGGGCCCAGUGCCGACGAUGCGGCCCUGCGCAUGGAGGUCGACCGGGGCCUGGGGCCGCCCACAGCUGCGGAGCUCAGGACCCAGAAUGUGCAUGUGGAGAUCGAGCAGCGCUGGCAUCAGGUGGAGACCACCCCGCUCCGGGAGGAGAAGCAGGUGCCCAUCGCCCCCCUGCACCUGUCCUCCGAAGACGGCAGCGACCGACUCUCCACGCCCGAGCUGACCUCGCUGCUGGAGAAGGAGUUGGAGCAGAGCCAGAAGGAGGCCUCAGACCUUCUGGAACAGAACCGACUGCUGCAGGACCAGCUGAGGGUGGCUCUGGGCCGGGAGCAAAGCGCCCGGGAGGGCUAUGUGCUGCAGACCGAAGUGGCCACCUCCCCGUCCGGCACCUGGCAGAGGCUCCACAGAGUCAACCAGGAUCUGCACGGCGAGCUGGAGGCCCAGUGCCAGCGCCAGGAGCUCAUCACACGGCAGAUUCAGGCCCUGAAGCGCAGCUACGGGGAGGCCAAGGAUGCGAUCCGGCACCACGAGGCCGAGAUCCGGAGCCUCCAGGCGCGGCUGGGCAACGCCGCCGCCGAGCUUGCCGUCAAGGAGCAGGCGCUGGCCAAGCUCCAGGGCGAGCUGAAGCUGGAGAAGGACAAGGUGCGCGAGCAGCUGGAGGAGCGGCAGCAGAGUGAGGCCGCGCUCAACGCCCAGCUGCGCACCAGCGAGCGAAAGCUCCAGAGCGCAGAGGCCCUGCUGCUGGGGAGGACGCAGGAGCUGCGGGACCUGGAGCGGCAGCAAGUGCUGCAGCGGGACCGGCACAAGGAGGUACAGCAGUUGCAGGAGCGCAUCGCCGACCUCAGCCAGCAGCUGGGUGCCAGCGAGCGGGCCCAGAGGCUGAUGGAGGAGAAACUGCAGAGGAACUAUGAGCUGCUGCUGGGGAGCUGCGAGCGGGAGAAGCAGGAGUUACUGCGGAGCCUGGCGGAGGCAGAGGACAGGGCCCGCGCCUUCGAGGGGCGGCUGCAGGAGCGCGAGCACCGGGUGGAGGCUCUGCAGGAGGAGAAGCUGAGCGCUGGGUCUGAGGGCAGCAAGGCGGUGCAGCGGCUGGAGGAGCAGCUGGAGAUGAAGGAGGCCAGCAUCCAGAAGCUGGCCGAGCAUGUGCAGAGCCUGCGCGAUGAGCGCGACCUGACGCAGCAGCGCUUCCAAGAGCUGCUGGGCCGCGUCUCCCUGUCCGAUGGGGAUGUAGCUGCACUGCAGGAGAAGCUGAGGGGAAGGGAGGCCGACUACCAGAGCCUGGAGCACUCCUUCAGGAGGGUGGCCGGCCAGCUCCAGGGCGCGCACACGCAGCUCCAAGAGAAGGAGGAGGAGCUGCGGCGCCUGCAGGAUGCACACGAGAAGGCGCUGGAGAGGGAGGGGCGGGGCCUGCAGCAGGCUCUGCUGGGGCCGUCCACCCUGGGGAGCAGCCUAGAUGAGGAAGACGAGAAGCUCCAGGCAGAGGGGGAGAUUGAACGGCGACUGGCCACAGAGUCUCUGGAGGAUGCUGAGGACAGCCUUGCUCGUGUGGGCCUGCAGUGCCAGACUGCCGGCAUGCCUCUGGGCCUGCCCUGCUUGGGGCUGGAGGACGUGGCCCCAGGGGAGGACCUGGGGGACAGCAGCCCCAGCAGAGAAGAGAGCACGGUGCCCCUGAGGUCAGAAGUGUCCUCAAAACCUGACCAGGGAGCACCUGGCAUUAAGAGGCAAAGAAUCCGAUUCUCCACGAUCCAGUGUCAGAAGUACACCCACCCUGACGGGUGUGAGAAGACCGGAGCCAGCAGCAUGUCCUCGGACACCAGUCAGGAGCACUCACCCUCGGAGGAAAGUAUGUCAUCAGAGGCUACCCCCAGCUCACUCCCCAUGCCCAGUGACCCAGAUGCUUACCUGUCCAUCAUCCACUCCCUGGAGACCAAGCUCUACGUCACGGAGGAAAAGCUCAAAGGCGUGACAGCGAGGCUGGAGAGCCAGCAGGGCCAGAGCCAGGAGGCCCUGUUUGCGCUGCACCAGCAGUGGGCCAGCACCGAGGCGCGGCUCUGCGAGCAGCUCCGAGCCAGCCUGCUCCAGGUCACUGCGCUGGCCGCCCAGCUGGAGCAGGAGAGGCAGGCCAGGGCGGAGGCGGUCGAGAGCCAUGUCGGGGAGCUCAGCGACGUCCAGGUGAAAAACAGCCAGGCCCUGGCUUGCCUGGAGAGCUGUAGAGAACAGCUGCGGUCCCUACCAGGGGACGCAGGAGCGGGGCCCUUGGCUGGUCUUGAGAGCCUGCUCAUGGGUGCUGUCCAGGCCCUGCAUCCCCGGCCAGCUUCCAUGGGGGAAACAGGCUUCUUUGAGGAGGAGAAGGCGCCAUCCCAGCAGCUGCCACACAUGCUUACACUGAGCGAGCAGGAGCAGCUGCAGCUCCUCUCUGAGCAGAUCGCUCUGGAAGCCGCCCUCAUAGACCAGAUUGCAGACUCGCUACGGAACACGACAUCAGACAUGUCGCAAGUCUUCCUGGAGAUCGCUCAGUCAGGACGGUGGCCGCUGGAGUCUGAAAGUGCUGUGGUCUGUCCAGGGGCCCCAGCAGAUGCCUGGGCCAAGAAGGUGCUGGUGGAUGGAGAGUUCUGGAGCCAGGUCGAGUCCCUGAGCUGGCACCUGGAGACGCUGGGAGGAGAGGCAGCCAGUGCCUCGGGAAGCAGGCAGCCAUGUGCCCGGCCAGCCCCAGCCCCUGCCCUGGCAGACGCCAUGUGGGUCAGGGCUGAGCUCAGUCUUGCCGCGUGCUCGAUGAGGGAGUCCCUCCACCGCAGGCUCCGGAGCAUCCAGGAGACCCUCCAGGGGACACAGGCAGCCCUGCAGCAGCACAGGUGCAUGCUGCAGGAGGUCCUGGGGGCCUACCGGACCCCUGCCUUUGAGAGGGUGAUGCAGCAGGUCUCGGAAGCCCUGCAGCUUCCACUGGGCACCAGAGACGGCGACCAGGUGUCCUGGGCCAGGCACCCACCGGUAGAAGCACCAAGUCAUCAGGACCCAGCCAGCUCCCUGGCUUGUCCCUUGUCCAGCCAGAGUUCUGGAGUCUUACCUGCUAUUCAGGAGGAGCUUGCCCUGCAGCUUAAAGAUAAGGCCAGUCUCCUGGGGGAGAUUUCUGCCUCCCUAACCUCACUUCCCUCUGUGGAGGUACUCGGGGACUGUCGGAAGCUCCUGCAGGCAUCCCAGCAUCUCUUGCGCCGUGCUUGUCUGGGAGGCCUUGGCCAGUAUUCUUCUUUAUUAGUUCAGGAUGCGAUUCUUCAGGCUCAGGUGUGUUAUGCAGCCUGCAGGAUCCGGCUUGAGUAUGAGAAUGAGCUCCGGGGCUACAAAGAGUCCUGGCUGGGCCAGGGGGCCCCCUACCAGGGGCAUGAGCAGGCCUUGGGGGCCCUGCAGGGGGAGUCCGAGGAGCUUCUCUGUAAGCAGAAGGGCGAGUACUUGGACGUGAUCGCCUUCACCCAAAGGGAGAACAUGGAGCUCCAGACCAAGGUCGCCCAGCUGGACCAGCAGCAGAGGCGUCUGGAGUUGGCGCAUGGCGAGCACGGCGAGAGCCUGGCUGCCCCACCAGAGCAGUUCAAAGAGGAGGUGGUCCAAGUGGAGGGCGUGCUGCAGGCCGCAUGUGGCAGGGUCCGGGGCCAGCCUGACACUGGGGCCAGGGCCGAGCAGGACCUGGGGGGGCGGCCUGUGGAGCAGGUGCAGGCCCUGGAGGCCAGGUUCCAGCUCAAGAUCAAGGAGCUCCAGACCAUCCAUGAGGAGGAGCUGCGGGCCCUGCAGGAGCACUACUCGCAGACCCUUCGGUGCCUGCAGGAGACUCUGUGCCACUACCGGGGCCAGCCCCCUUCUGGCUCACUGGCCAGUGGCGAGGCCGAGUCCUUGGCGGGGCUGAGGGAGCGUGUCCGGGAGCUGGAGGCGCAAGUGGACAUUCUGCGGGAGGAGCUGGAGCACCAGGACCCGGCGGGCGGCAUGGCCUCCCUGCAGGAGGAGCGCCAGAGGGACUUGGAGAGCCUCAAGGCCACGUGCGAGCGGGGGUUUGCAGCCAUGGAAGAGACGCACCAGAAGAAGAUCGAGGAGCUGCAGAGGCAGCACCAGCGGGAGCUGGAGAAACUGCGGGAGGAGAAAGACCGCCUCCUGGCUGAGGAGACCGCAGCCACCAUCUCAGCCAUUGAAGCCAUGAAGAAUGCCCACCGUGAGGAGAUGGAGCGGGAGCUGGAGAAGAGCCAGCGCUCCCAGAUCAGCAGCGUCAACGCGGACGUCGAGGCCCUGCGGCGGCAGUACCUGGAGGAGCUGCAGUCCGUGCAGCGUGAGCUGGAGGUCCUCUCGGAGCAGUACUCGCAGAAGUGCCUGGAGAACGCCCACCUGGCCCAGGCUCUGGAAGCCGAGCGGCAGGCCCUACGGCAGUGCCAGCGCGAGAACCAGGAGCUCAAUGCCCACAACCAGGAGCUGAACAACCGCCUGGCUGCAGAAAUCUCACGGCUACGGACACUGCUGACUGGGGACGCCGGUGGCGAGGCCGCUGGUUCGCCCCUCACACAGGGCAAGGACGCCUACGAGUUAGAGGUCUUGUUGAGGGUCAAGGAAUCAGAAAUUCAGUACCUGAAACAGGAGAUCAGCUCCCUCAAGGACGAGUUACAGACGGCACUGCGGGACAAGAAAUACGCCAGUGACAAGUACAAAGAUAUCUACACAGAACUCAGCAUUGUGAGGGCGAAGGCCGACUGUGACGUCAGCAGGUUGAAGGAGCAGCUGAAAGCCGCCACAGAAGCACUGGGUGAGAAGUCCCCGGAGAACCCGCCGGUGUCCGGAUAUGACAUCAUGAAGUCCAAGAGCAACCCUGAUUUCCUGAAGACAGACAGGUCCUGUGUUGGCCGGCAGCUCAGAGGCCUCAGGUCCAAGAGUCUGAAGGAAGGCCUGACGGUGCAAGAUCGCCUGAAGCUCUUUGAGUCCCGGGACCCGGAGCGCGACUAGUUGCUCCCGUGCAGUUUGGACACACCUCCCGGCCACAGCCCCCGUGCCACUCCUGUCCAUCCCUUCAUUUUUUAUUGUCGUCCUUGUUCUUGGUGUUGUCGUCUGCAUUGACUGUGGUUGGAUGCAUGAGAGACUGGCCUGUGGAUGGCUCGCUCCACUCCCUGUGGUCUUCAUUCAAGCUUUCCCUGGUUUCUGCAACCUGCCCUGCCUUGCCCCGGCGCUCUGUCAGUAUUACGGCCCAGCAGCCUGGGAUAAGCUAGCUCUGUCUCACCCCGCGCGCAGGCGGGGCAGGAGGGGCCACGAGGCUGUGCUGUGGGUCCCGUGCUGACAGCUCGCAGCCCAGGGAGGACCUGGAAGCCCAGGGUAGGGCUGAGCCUGCACCUGCCCCGUGGGCUUGGGGCGAGGGGAGCAGCUCUUACACAUCCGCUGACACCGCUUAGAGCCGCACCCCAGACCGUUGUGGUGAACCCUUCACAGCCUGGGAAAUGCUGCAAGCAGCCACUCCUAUUUUUGUCUGUUUUUUAUUAAAUCUUGCACAAAACCCGGCCCCUCUCAUUCCUUCCUAUGGUCAUUCUUUCUUGGUCACCAGGAACCCUACUCUUCCCACAUGAGGUGGAUGCUGCCCUGCAGCCUGGGUUCCAGGCUGGAAUCACAGUGACAGCAUGUUUCCUUAGAGUCACUGGAGGAGGAAGCUCACUCACCCCUCUGCCUUUCUGGAAAGAAGCCCCCUCUUGCUUUGGGGAAGGUUGACCAGAGACCCUGUUAUGUCAAGAAGGCAAAGAGGAUGUUGGAGCUAGAUGGAAACCGGCCGUUGUGAUGUGUGCUCACUCGAGCUGAGGCCCAGGGCACCGGGGCGCCCACGCAGGGCUGCACUUGCGCUUCUUUGUUCUUCGUGGCCUGAGUGACACGCUUCUAACUGCCACCAAGCAUCCUCCAGCACUAAUCCUGUGAGGACAGGAGCAGGGACACAGCCCCAGGGAAGCCCGCGUGGCAUCUGGCCAGCACUUGGGCGAGAGCCACAGGCUUGGGGUACGCAGGUACUUUGGGGGUGAAAACAUACACAUCAUUGUGCAGUUUCUAGAUGAACACAUGAGGCCACGUAGGGUGUCCCUGGAGGCAGGGCAGAGCGCAGGUGUAGAGCGUGCGGCCCCGCCCACUUUGCUGGAACAGCUCAGAGCACCCGGCUGCAGGGCCUUCCCUGUUCCUGACUCUAUGCUGGCCACUGCACUGCUGCUGUUGGUCCAUGUCUGCAAAAGCUCCUUAGCCCUGCUCAUCAGACACCCCUACACCAGCACAUCUCAGAGCCGCCUACGUGGGUGAUGGCUCUGAGGGUCUGACGAUGGCGGGGGCGGGGCUCUCUGGGCACUGAGACUGUGCCACCACUGCCUCUUUCCAGGGUGCAGGGUCCGCACGGAGCUGCUCCAUCUGCCUGUGGGCCGCACACUGCCACUCAUCAGAGCAAAGGAGCUUCUACCUCUCUGUCUCCAUCAGUGAACCUGGGGUCUGACCUAGCACUCCACAGCGGCCCCUGCACCCACAGGUGGCAGGACUCGCCUCUCUGGAGGCGGCCAGGAGCCACACUGCAGAAGCUCGGGCCACAGGGGCUCCCCAAACCCCCACCCUCUGCCCCGGGCAGUGCUGGCCAUCGACCUGAGGUGAGGGCUGUGCAUGGCUGGAGGGAGCAGGCUGGACACAUGGGUCCCUGCUCUGCGGUGUCCUUGGCACACCCCCUACAGGCACCCCAGCUCCUCGACGGGGGCCUGCCACAACCGCAGAGGAGGAAAGAGCACAAGUGGGGGCCGCCUUGGAGGGGGUUUCUGUGCUGGCAGGGAAAGGGUGCCCGGGGGGCUGUGGACAGGGAGGCCCGGCCCCUACCCCACAGGGAGCGUACCCCCAUGUCCCCAAGGAUGGGAGGGGACCACUGCAUCUACUCUUCCUGUAAGCGUCUACUCUUCCUGUAAGCGUCUACUCUUCCUGUAAACGUCCACUCCUUCCCUGGGGACCUGCAGGCACCUGCCUAGGGGACAGCUGGACAGAGUGGCGUCACCUGACCGCUCUGCCUGCACACCUUCAGCACAAGUGCCAGGCUCCGGCCGCCUCUGGUCGUGCAUUCUGCCAGCCACAGGCAGGGCUGAAAGCCAGCGUUCCGGUGACCAUGCUGGCUGCAGGGCGACACUCGGGCUUGUGCCACUGGGCGUCAGAACCAGUGUGGCCUUGUGGGGGGAGGCGGUGGCCAUGCUGGGGAGACUGGCUGAGGCCGAGCUGAAGCUCAGCAGGUGGGAGGAAGAGAACGUGGGAAGGGCCAGCCCCUGGCCGGAGACGUGGAGCCUGUCACUCGCAGCAUCCAGACCCACACAGAGCGGGAGCGGCAGUUUGUACAAACGCGCGCUUGUGACCCUCAGGGUCUGCCUGAGCAAGCCGAGGACGACACCCACAGGGCCCUGUCCUGCGAAGGGCCCGCCGCCACCUCGCUGCGCCCGCCCAGCGGCCCCGCGUGCAGGGCGCCUGGGACACUCCCGCAGCGGGGCUGCCAUCCUCUCACGGCGCGGGGCUGCCCUCCUGCCUUCACACGUCCACACUGUCGCCAGGCGCUACUCUCCACAGCCCGAGGGCAGGCCUUGAAACCAUGCGUUUCGGUACCCUGAUAGAAGACGGGGCGGAAACCCAGGAGGGAUGCGAACACUCAGUCUCGAGAACAGCAAGUUCCUCUGUAAAGGGAAGGCCUCCCCUUCCCUGAGCACGCGGCGGCCGGGACGCACAGGUGCCGCCCCUCCAGGCCCCUCAGGUGGCUCCCUGCUCCUCUGCGCAGAACUGGGACGUCGUGCAGAGCAAGCGGAGUCCACAGGGCUCAGGGUCACUGCCAUGGAUUUCUGUGACACAGUCUGUGCGGGUGGGUUUCUCUUUCUCCUUAUACAAGCACCGCUGUUUAAGACGAGAAGAAACAGCUUGGGUACAACACAGUGCCAACCAACGUGACAAGGCAAUGUUUUUAAUGACUGACCUACCUUUUAUAAAGCCUGAGUCAUUUAACAGGUGGUUCUGUUUCUUCCUGAAAGAUCUCAGUAAUACCUGUUCCUCAUUCUUGGCAAAGUCACUCAAAGUCUUGAGGGAAAACCAAGAGGGCGCAGGAGCGCCUGUCCGCCCAGGCCACGAGCAGGGCGGGCCGCGCCGGCAGCCGCCGCGUCGGUCUGCCAGCACCACAGCCGCGUGGGGGCCACGCACUCGGGGCCUGGUGUGGCGGCUUCACGCUGCCGCCGCUCCACCACACAGACCCGCAGGCCCGGGGCUGGGCCUCCUGCGAUGCUGCCUGUCUGCCAGACGUCCCUGCCACCCACCCUCGCCUCCACAGCUAGCCGGGACACACGUCUGCGUUUAUUUCAUAGGAAGCUGGUAACAGAGUACAAAGAACACAAAACUCAUUCUUGUUUAUGUUUGUAUCACAGCCAAUUGAUUUUAGGAUUUAACCUUAGUAAUAACAACGUAUCUACUGACUCUUAGGAUUCAAAACCAGUUAAGUGAUAAGAGUUUUUCCUAAGUAGUAUUUAUAAAAUGUAAGGUUCUACGUGUCUCCUUAACAAUUAGAAUCCUCAGAUUUUCCUCACAAACACACUUCUAUCAGGGUGACUGUCUCAACCCAGACUCAAGACAACACAUGCUGUGCCUGACUGCUGGGCCCGGACAGAAUGGGGACACGGAGACAGCGGCUGCCUCUGCGACAAGUCUGUGGGUGGUCCCUGGCGGCAACCAUGCCUACCCCCACCGGCUGCUCAUUCAGGGGGCAAGUGCUCAGAGAACAAGCCUGCAUCGCUCUGUGCUGAUGCUAAAGGAGAAUGCUCAUCAGACAGGGCUGCACUCAGCCCUUGGGAGGCCCAACCCUCGUGGAGGCAGAAGGGGCCCCAGGAAGAGAAAGGUCUGGUCAGCUUGCUGCUCUCUGACAAUUCAAAACUUUUACCAUUUAGUUUAAGGCUCUUUUUUAAAAACAAAAUUUCUGAUCAAGUGUUCGCUAAAACUGAAGUGUUACUUUGUCAAAAUAUUUAUUCCUUUGUGUGACAUGCUAGAUUCCCAUGGAUGUAGCGGAUCAUUUCUACUGUAAAUAUUACCUAACUUUACAUAAACAAUGUCAUAAUAAACUAUUUUUGCAUCACCCUU